UUGUUGAUUGUUUAUUUUUUGUUGUGUAUCUGUUGUAGUUCUGUUGUCUAGUCAUGGACCAGGUUGUGUUUCAGUCUAAAAGUGUCCUUUGCACUUUGACAGAUAAGAAAGAUCAGUCAAAAUAUGUCUGUUUUACACAAGAGAAGCCUGCAGGGAUCAACAUUGGACUGAGCAAUGGUGAAUCUGUUUGGAAAGCAGACCUGUCUGAGGAAACCUGUCUCUCACAAUUUAAGAAGAAAUUAUCACUGAAAUCAACAGAAGACUAUGCCCUAAAAUUAAAGAGUGCAUGCAGGAGCGGCAGUGCGUAUGUCUCCCUGCAGGAGGAUAAGGCUGUGCUUCACCUCAGCUCUGAGCCUGCAGACCUCAGUGUGUCUUUCACCAAGCUCACAGAUCAUGAAGGAAGGACAGAGCUCAAAGAUCUCCUCUUUAAGAUGGCGGACAUUUUAAUGCAACAGGACAGUACAGGCACAUCUUCAUCAAGCCCUAUUAAAACCCAACAGAAGAAAGGAACGGGAUUUGAACCGAAGAGACAGCCCACUGGUCCAACGAUCGCAGUGAAGAAACGCCUGCCAGGGGAUUCACUCAUCAACCCAGGAACUAAAAGGAAGCGCUCUGCUACAGGAGUAGCGUUUGACGAUGGAGACGAGAAAUGAACCUCCUGAUAGUGACCCUGACAUGACCACACAUGUUCCUGUUUUAAUCCAACACAAUCAGUGCAAUUACUACAACCGACUGUUUUUAUCAACUGAAACAAUUAUGAAGCAUUUUUUUAACUUUAUGCAUGAUUUUAACAUUUUAGC